AUGAACACGGCGAUCUUAAAAAAGUUAUUGUGUUUUAAGACAAAUGUUAACUCUUUACGAAUAUUCGAUUCCAGGUCACUAUCUUUGUCUUCUUCGUCUUCUUCUUCAUUUACUCCUCCGAGCUACGACGUUUUUCUAAGCUUCAGAGGCGCAGAUACUCGCAAGAGCUUCAUCAGCUUUCUCUACAAGGACUUAGAAUCUAAAGGGAUUCGAACUUUCCUAGACGACAAGGAAUUGGUGAGAGGCCGUCCGAUUUCGCCGGAGCUUCUCCACGCAAUCAAAGGGUCGAGAAUCGCAGUCGUGGUGGUCUCUGUGAACUACCCUGCUUCGCCUUGGUGUCUCGAAGAGCUCAAGGAGAUCUUGAAACUCCAGAAACUUGGUUUGCUGACUGUGAUACCCAUUUUCUACGAGAUUGAUCCUUCAGCCGUGAGGAGACAGAUCGGAGUUGUCUUGAAACAGUUCAAGAAGCAUGAGAAGAGACAAAGCAGAGAAAAAGUCAAAUCGUGGAGGGAAGCGUUGACCACAUUGGCUAAUCUCUCCGGCGAGUGUUCAAAGGAUUGGGAAGAUGACUCGAAGCUGGUCGAAGAAAUCACUGAGCAAAUAUCAAGCAAGUUGAUCUCAGAAACACCAUGCAAUGAUAAUGUCUUAGUUGGGAUCGACCAACACAUGAGAGAACUGUAUCCACGAUUUGAACUGAAUUCCAAUGAAGAUGUUCGAGUAAUUGGGAUUUGGGGAAGAGGAAGCAUUGGUAGAUCAGCACUCGCUAGCCACGUUUACCAAAACAUCAAACAUCACUUCGAAGCUCAUUGUUAUCUGGAAGACGUGAGACGGAUUUCACAACAUUGCCGUAAAUCACAUUUACAGGAUGAGCUUCUCUCGAAGAUGGAAGGAGAAGGUUUGACAAUAAAGAGCAGCCGUAGGUGUCUCAAGACGAUCAAAGCAAGGCUAAGGAACAAGAAGGUUCUUCUUGUGGCGAACGAUGUAGACAAGAUCGAACAAUUCGACGCACUUGCUGAAGAGUUUAACUGGUUUGGUCCAGGGAGCAGAAUCGUCAUAACCACACAAGAUAGGCAAUUGCUUAAAUCAUCAGUGGUGAGGAGCGUCUACGAAGUGGAGCUCUUGAGAUGCUACGAAGUUCGUCAGCUAUUCAGGUCAGAUGCCUUCAAACAAAGAGACGAUCAUGUUGGUUUCGAGCAGUCGUCUACAUAUGGAGGCAUGAAUAUGAACAUUUCAGGUUAUGUUUUUUGUACCUUGAAAGGUAUAUUCACUUUGUUGUGUGACAAAGGCCAACUUAGGGAAAGGAUCAAUGCAAUAGUAUAUAGUCUUUAGAUCCAUUUCAUUUAUAAAGCGGUUCUUUUUAAACACAAAGUAUUUAGAAUCAGGAAUAUUAUUGAAUUGAUGUAUUUGUUUGUUCCUUAGUUUUUAA